UAGACAUAAAGCCUGUUUACGUCCAUGCGUGGCGCCAAUCACUGCACAUUCUACGUUCUCUCUCUCACACACACACAUACACACACACACACAUCUUAUCAAAACCAGGACGAAACCAGGUCUAGAAGGGGACCAAAUCAACAGGUCUGCAGCAGGAUAAACCUCAGGAUCAAACCAGGACAAGGCAGCUUUGAUUUCAGCUGCGCCCAUUUCGAUGUGUCAACUUUGCUUCAGUGGAGUUUCAUAUUACCAACACACUCUCUGUAGCCACAGCUGCCCCGGGGUAGACGGACGGAACCAAGGCUGCCAAGCUGUGCCACCACCGAACAACACCCACACAAAGAGAAGGCUCCUAAAGAGGACAUGGGGAAACUCCAGAGCAAGUUCCGCAAGAGGUCGACUCUCUACAGGUCGUCCGAGGGUCAGAAGGACGACAGUGCCUUGGACAGUCAGGUGCUUCAGUAUGAACCUGCUCAUCAGGGCUCCAUCAACUCUGUGGUGAGCCUGAGCCCGGAGGCGUGUGUGUCCGGAGGAAGUGACCAGGCUGUGGUGGUGUACGACUGGACCCAGGGCCGCAUGUGUCAGUCCCUCCAGGGCCACACUCGGGAGGUCACCAAGGUGCUGUGUUACCCUGGCACCACGUGGAUCUUCAGUGCUUCUCGGGAUAAGACGGUUUUCAUGUGGGACCUGAACCAGGGAUAUGAGCCCAUCCAGGAGUUCUGUGGACAUGAGCUGGUGGUCAACGGCAUCGCUGUCAGCCCUGAUGGGAGGAAACUGUGCAGUGGUUCCCGUGACAACUGGAUGUGUUUGUGGGACAUCGAAUCUGCCAAAUGUGAACAGCGCCACAACAUCUCCAGAAACCUGGUGACUCACGUGUGCUGGGUGCCCGGCAGCUCCACUAUAGCCCAGACCUCUGAGGACAAGACCAUCAGGAUCUGGGACAGCCGGGCCUGGCAGGUGACCCACACGUUUCCGGCCAAACAGUACAUCCAGACUCAUUGUGACGUGUCUGCCAACGGCCACUACCUGGUGUCCAGCAGCAACGGCUUCGGGGGACAGGGCUGUGAGGCCACGCUGUGGGACCUGCGUCAGCCCGGCUGUAAAGUGGUGGAGUACAGGGGCCACCUCCAGACCACCGCCUGCUGCGUGUUCCUCCCCUCCACCACCGGGGGGAGCUCUCUGGUGGCCACGUCCUCUCACGACAGCUCCGUCAAGAUCUGGGACCAGAACACUGCAGCCUGUCUGGGGACCCUCUCUCUGGACGGAGCGGGUCCUCUCGUGUCCCUGGCGCCCAGUGACCCAGUCAAUCUGAUCUGUGCCAGCUUCAACUCAGGUCUGCACCACCUCCAGCUGUGCCACGGCUCGCCCCAGGGCCAGAGCCAGCCCCAUGCCCACGGGGGAGCGGGCUCCGGGGGCUCGGGGGGCUCGGGGGGAGUGGACAUCAGAGUGGUCGCUCGGUUUUAACUCUUUGCGCCACGACAUCCAACAGCACGGGACGAAGAGGUGGCAAUAAAAGAGGCAUCUGUGAAAUUGUGCAAGAAUCUACAAGUUUACCUGAAAUAAUCUUUUAUUUCACUUUGAGAAGCUUUGACUUGUUGAGUAAAACUAAUAGGUCUAUAUAAAACUAAUACUAAUACUGUAUAUAAUAUAGUGUUUCCCAUUAACAGAGGAGACGAUGGUGACUCUCCACAGUCUAAUCAAGUGUUGGACUUUCAGAUUUUAAAAGAAGACGAAUAAUAUUUGGAUAAAAUGUUCUUUGUGGUAAAAUCUACACCCUUACGAAAGUUUUGGAGGAUUUUGGACAUACUGUAUUUUGCGCACUAGAGGGCGCUCUGGAUUAUAAGGCGCACUGUCAUUGAAUGGUCUAUUUUUGAACUUUUUUCACAAAUAAAUCGCACCGGACUAUAAGGCGCAUUAAACGAAACACAACAGUUUGAUAAGUCAGUCAAACUUUAUUUAACGCGUUCACAAUAACUCUCAACUUUUGUACAACAAAUGUAAUGCGUAAAAAAAUUCUGUCUGAGACGCUAAAUUGUUAAGUAUUCACAAUAACUCAUAAUAGUUCAAACAGUUGGGUGAUUACAGCGUCCAGCUCGCCCACAUCCCUCUCGUCAUUAUCCGAGUCAGUGUGGUUACUGUUCCCUGGCAGUUCAGUGAUGAUUCUGCUCGGACCACAGUUGAUACUGAUCCUUAGCCCGGGCGUCCACGAUCCGUUGGCAGAUCGUGGUGUAAGUCGCUCGGCGCUGUCUCUCUGUCUUGGUGAAUGUGUGUUCUCCUUCUCUCAUCCACUGCUCCCACACAGCUAAACGCACUUUCACUUUAUAACAGCCUUGAGUUUAAAGUGGGGCUUGUGAGUGUGUCUCUUGACAGGUGCAUUUUGAUAUUAAAAGGAAUCACAGUCUGUAUUACUCCUGAUGCUCCUGAAUACGGGAGCCGUAAUGCUGCAAAUGGUGCGGCUUUGUAGUUUACUAAAGUCGUACUAAGACACCCCAAUAAAUUCAUAUAUAAGUUAUAUAAGUUAUAAGAAAUUAAAGGCUUUUAAGUGCGUCCUAUAGUGCGGAAAAUACGGCAAACCAAUUUACUAGAGCUGUAAUGAUAUCCAAGUCUCUGUAUGAAACUCACGGUAUCAUAUUUAUUGCGAUAUCGUGGGAAAGCUCACAAUAUGUUAGUGAAGCUCACGAUUAGGAAUGUAACAAUACCCAAAUCUCUCGUACGAUAUUUUCACGAUAUACUUUUUACGGUACGAUAUUUAUUGUGAUAUUUUGUGGAGCUAAUAAAACUGUUAAUAUGUGACUUUUUCCUCUUAAAAUGCCUUGACAAGACUUAAUCCAAAGAACUAAGACUUAAAAGUGUUAGAACUGUUAUUUCUUCUUGUAGUCUGUACUGAAAUGGAGCAAAGGAUCAUGGUCUAUGUAGUUCUCUGUAGUUUUUUUUAAGGCUAAUGCUGCACCAUAACUCUUAAUUUAAGCAAAGAGACUUGUAAUUCGAUAUAUUGUGAUGGUCCACGAUAUUAUUGUGAGAACUUUGACGAUACGAUAUCACGGUAUUUCGGUUAUUGUUACAUCCCUACAAUUUACAGAUAUCUGUGGAGAGGCAAGCUGCUUAGAGCAAUAAAAACAGCCUUAACUUACUGUGAAACAUUCCAAGCAAACCUUAAACAUCUCCUUUCAUAGCACAUCUUAAUACGAUUUUCCUAUUGAUUAACUUUAAAUAUGUCUGAAGAUAAAUCAAAGUUCACAAAACGUCUGUCAAAUCAAAGCUUCUCAAAUCCAGAUAAAAUAUUAUGAACUCACGUAAUUAUUAUUAUUUUUUUUUUAACUAAUUACUGAACUGCUCUGGUGGAUGACUGAAGAGUUUGACUUUUUUCCUCACACGAAACCGUCACUGCCAUUGCACAUAGAGCAGCUGAAUGUAGGAGCCUGUAACUGUGAGGAGCACCUGCACCUGUGGAAAACACUCACUGGAGACGGGUUUAAAACUGUAGAAUCAUUUAAGCAGCACUUUGUCAACUCAUUGUUUUACUGAGAAUGUAGUUUACAACAUUUCACCCAAAGUUCAGUAGUUUAAUCCUAGAACAUUUGUAGAUGUUUUUCAUAGAAUUUACUAAUUUUGUACUUUUGGGCAUGCUGGUUUGAAGACACUAUGCAAUAAAAUGACCA